AUGUCCCCGUUAGGGAAACCGGCCAAGCGACAGCGGCCCACGGACGUCAAAGUUGUUGACUCGCCGUCCCGACCAAAACGUCUCAAGACCGAUCAAGAAUUACAAAUUGUGCACAGGAAAAAUGCCACCGAACCUUCGUCGAAUAUGCUAGAGGUAGCAGUCAAAGCGUCGUCUGACUGGUCUUUUGACCUCAUGUUUCGAGGCCAUAUUCAUGACCUUGACCCGAUUUUCUCCACAGACGAGAAAUAUCUUUUCUUGAGCCGCGGAGAUGCUAUUCAGGUAUACUCCAUGUCAACGCAUCGACCAGUCAAGACCCUCACAACAAGAGAUGCCUCGCAUGUAACCGGACUAAAGCUUGCUUCGUCGGACUCUCAACAUAUAUACGUAUCAACCUCGUCGGGCAAACUCAUACGAUGGAAUUGGGAAACCAGUCAAGAAGUCACGACUCGGUCGGAUUUCUUAAAAGUGGUCACGUAUGAGAUCGUUUCCGUCAAAGCUCAAGAAGAGGAAGAAGAAGGGCGCAUGACAUAUUUUGCCGUUAAAGAGACAAAAGGACGAUGCAACAUAAUCACGAAUGCAGCCUGGCAAAAUUCAGCCGAUAUCACUAUACUGCAGAACACGAACUAUAUCAAUCAAUUGAGAGUUCUUCAAGGCGGGCAAGUCGUUGUUGCGUGUGGUCGCCAGCAUAUCAUCAUCGGCACUUUGCGCCCAUCAUCCGGUAACAAGGGACAAAACAAUGAAUAUGAGUGGAGAGAAUUCAGGCUCCCCGUGAAACAAAUUACUUGUCUGGAUGUUCAAGAGACUCGUCCUGCCACUGCUGGAAAAGACUCGAAUGUGGCUACGUCAAUUAACAUAGCCGUUGGCGAUGCAUCUGGGGCCAUUCUCGUUUAUAACGAUGCUCUCAAUUUAAUCGGUGGUGAUGGUGCUGGUCUACCCCUGCUUCAACGGUUGCAUUGGCACCGUGAGCCCGUCGCCUCUCUUCGAUGGUCACGAGACGGAGGAAAGGAGUCUGUCAUCGUCUUCUGGCAGCUUGAUUCUGGACGUCGAAACUUCUUGCCGCAUUUGCCAUCACCUAUUCGCAGCAUCACAAUUUCUUCGGGCGGUGCUUUGUAUGCAGUCCAGCUCGCGGACAAGUCUAUCACCGUGAUUUCAGCAACCGAAUUGCAUUCGGUGGCCACUAUAGAUGGAUUACAAUUGCCAUCUUUGGUCGACACCAACGACAAAGCCGCUACUCGGAAUCUGGAAGGGAAAUAUCCCGCUGUCAUUCAUCCCCUCCAGCCUGAGCGAUUAUUAGUAGCAAUUCCCGAUGGCGACUCUCAAAGCCUCUCGUACCUUCAGACAUUCAAUAUCCAAACUGGGUCCCAUAUUUCUCGACAGGCUCUUACAAGGACAAACGUUACUACUUUGAACAAAGGCCCCGAAGGAACGCCAAUUCUACCGCCAAGUGUGGAACUGAUGGAGCUUGGCAUGAACGGAGAGUGGCUUGCUACUGUCGAUACCUGGACUCCGUCGCAGCGAGACGUCGAAGCGGUAUCGUCUGCUCUUCACUCCAGCAACGUGCAACGAAGUGAGAUAUUCUUGAAGUUCUGGCGUUGGAGUGAAGCGCGCGAGAUCUGGGAAUUAGCUGCGCGGGUUGAAUCUCCUCAUGUGGCUGCAUCUGGCGAGCCCGCCAAAGUCCUUUCUCUUAAGGCUCGACCGGACCGAUCUGAAUUUGUCACAUUUGGUGGGGAUGGUACGCUCAGAGUCUGGCAACCUGUUUUGCGUCAUGGGGGCUCUUCGAGAGCUCAAAAUCGUUCGGAUUUCGUGGAGCAUACUUGGAAGAGCCAGCAUUCAGUGAAGUUGACUGGGAGGAACACUGCGAAUGAUGCUAACUAUAAGCUGCCCAGCCGCGUGAUGAGUUUCUCUGAAGAUGGAUCCAUUGUUGCUGUGUGCGUGAAGAACGUCGUUCAUCUUAUUGACUCUCGGCAGUGGACCGUCAACUGCAGUCGUAAUGCGUUCACUUCCGAGAGGAUACGAACCAUCGGGUGGCUAGGACGCUCUCUAGUUAUCCUGUCAGAACUGUCCCUUACCAUAUGGGAUGUCGUCGAUAAUGUGCUCAGAACUCCCGUGCAACCAGACAUGGCGGGCAAAGGAUCCUCUCAUAAAUACAUCGCACUAGCCGUGGAUUCCACUAAAAAUACUUUUGCAGUUGUGACCCGCAUGGCAGGCCUAGUGAAUCCGCAGGGCCACAACUCGGUUUACGGCAUAGCCGUGUACAGCCCCUCCACCAUGGCGACUUUAUUCGAAACCGUGCUGGAAAAACCUCCGCUUCAAUUGCUAGCCGAUCCAAGCACUGGAGGCUACAUUGUUAUAGACCAUGCAGCCAAUAUUUGGCGACUCGGUGGUGGAAACAGCAGGUCUCAGGCGCUCGCGUUGCCCGCGGACGAAAAUGAACAACGCACUGCGGCUGCUGGCUUGGGUGAUAUUUUUGGCCGUCUAGGCCAGAAAGUGCUGGAAGGCCGAAGUUUUGCAGCCCAACAAGCUUCUUCGACACUCACAUUACAGAGCCUUGGGGGAAUAUUCGACCGUGCUCCGCCUUUUGCACUGCCGCCUGCCACGGCGCUGUUUAAGGAUGUUAUCAGUUCGCUCGUCUCGAGUUCCUGA